AUGGAUAGUUUAUUUGUUCUUAAUAUUACAGUACAGAUAAAAUUAAUUUUGGUGCAAAAAAAGAAGAAAGAAUCGCUUGGUCAUUUAAAAGAUGAAAAUGAUGGUAAAAAUGAGAUCACUGAAUCCACGCCUAUAUCAUAUUUCAAUGAUAAUAUGUAUUUUGUUGAUGCGCAUAAAGUUGGUAUCGUUUCCACAUAUGAAAAUCAUCUGAUUAUUAUGUUUCGCACAUUUGAAAAUGGAAUAUUCAUAUUUUCAAUGGCCGAACAAGGCGAUUUAUUAAUUGCUCAAAUUAUUCAUGGCAAAAUUUUUAUUAUUUUUGAUUUUGGCUCACUUACUCGAACAACAAUUUCUGGGGGAACAGCAUUAAACGAUGGUGAAUGGCAUGAAAUCCGUUGGAUACAUCAGUUUGAUUCCGUACAAUUAUAUGUGGACGGUGUUAUCAUGAAUACUACUAUCCCGUCUGGUCUGUAUAGGAAAUUGGAUUUCGAUUCAAAGAUUUAUAUUGGUGGGCGACCAGUGGAUGAUGAUAUGAAUAUCGACAUUGAAACAAGUUAUCAUGGAUGUUUUGCUCGAGUCGUGCUCAACAAUAUUGACCUCUUGGCUGAAAUACCCAGAUCACUACGCAAAGACUGCCAAAUACCAAAAUCACAUCCAAUGACCAUAAUGACGGGAGGCUAUGUGACAAUACCAUUUUCAUUUCUGCCAUUUUCAAUCGAAUUUCGUAUUCUACCUCAGCCAAGUUCUAUAUUAUUAUUAACCGAUGCAAAUAACAAAUCGCUCGCGCAAAUAGCACUCAACAGGAAGGGUUUAUUGGUUUUGACAUUGUUUACUAAUAUGUCUGAAGUUGAGCAGCUGUCACAAUCAGGCAAAUUAGUAAAUGAUAGCAGUUGGCAUUCUCUAUCACUGAUGAUUUGGGGAGCUCGAUUACACGUUGACGUGGACAGUUACACGGUACUUUGGUCAGAGGGAAAUGUGAUACGAAAUUUAGCUAAACAACUUACCCAUUUUCAUUUAUCAGCAGUUGGAUGUUAUCGAUCGGCUACUACAGCUUUUAAGUCAUCAAAUUUAAUAGGCAAUGUUACAUUGGAUGCAUGUCAUUUUCAAGAAAGAUGUCUUCCGAAUCCUUGCGAGAAUCAUGCCAUUUGUAAGCAGAUAUCUUUGAAUGAUUUCAGUUGUAACUGUCGUGCUAGUUACUACGGAAAAACAUGCCAUGCAACACGAAAAUAUCAUUCCUGUGAAGAAUUCUUUCUGAAGAAUCAGCAUAUCAAAAGCAAGAAUGUUACAAUUGAUCUGGAUGGUGGAAAUCCACUGGAACCAUUUACUGUACAAUGUGAACAAAAUUUCAAAGAUUAUGAUAAUAUAAGAAUUACUUCAAAAAUAUUCCAUCAGUUUGGUAAUAGUGAUAUAAUAAUUAAUGGAGAUUAUGAACCAGGUUCCGUCAAGAGGUCAUUUGAUUAUGGUAUUACCAUCAAUCAAUUAGAUCGUUUUAUCGAUGGAUUUGAAAAUUGUGUACAGUACAUGCGUUAUGAAUGUCGAGGAGGUGCAAAAUUGAUGAUUUAUGGUACAGAAGGAAGGCCAUCAUCCUGGUACAGUACACGAAACGGUCAACAUGCAAUGCAGUGGGGUGAUGCACCACCUUAUUCAAGGAUGUGUCCAUGUGCUGCUAAUUUAUCCUGUACACACAAUAGAAUGUGUAAUUGUGAUAGUGGUGAAGAUGGUGUUGAUGAAGGAUACAAUCCCCAUAUGCAAUUGCUACCAGUGAUGAAUUUAUACCUUGGAGGCACAACAGCUACAUCUUCAAUAAAUGUUUUUAUUGGUCCUCUUAUUUGUAGCGAACGUCAUGUAUUUGAUGGAAUAACAUUUUUGAAUCGCAAUGCUCGUUUGGCUGGUUCACAGGCUUUGUUCGGAUCAGUGAUGGAUCUCGAGUUUCAGAUACGUAUGUCACAUGCUCAAAUGACAAUUUUUAUUUGGGAAUCGUUGAAUGGACAACGUUGGUAUCAACUUGAUCUUACAGAUGGACGCUUGGUAGGACAAGUUGUAAGUGGAAGUAAAGUUUUUGAAAUCCAAUCGAAAAUGCGUAUAAAUGAUAACAGAUGGCAUACAGUGUAUUGGGAAGUGAACAUAAAUGGAAUGAUGUUGAACGUGGAUAAUGAAAGUAUCUUACUGGAUGUUUAUGUUAUACCUCCGAAUGUUUACACUUGGAUCAUUGGAUCACGAAGUGAACGUGGUUUGUCAGGUUUUGCUGGUCAGAUUCGAAAUAUGUAUUUGUGUGGCAAUGAAAUUAUGUUACAAUCAUUGGUCAGGAAGCAAGGACGAGGCAUGAGGGGUAUCGAAAUUGGCGAAAAAGGGACAUGUAAAAGGGAUGAUUGCUUAAAUCAUGGUCAAUGUAUUGAAUUUUAUGACAAUCACAAAUGCAGUUGUGAUAACACUCCAUUUAUUGGCCAAAAGUGUGACCAAGAUGUCAGUAUAUUUGUGCCGAAAGAUUCUGAAUUAACGAUUCCGUGGCAAAAUCCAGCUCAAGUAUCAUCGUGUUUCCGGAUUGCUGUACAAUCAUUUUCCUCAAAUUACUCAUUGAUAAAAGCAAAGGCAUUAUUUGCAGACUGUCAGUUUAAUUUGACUAUCAAUCAAAAAGGUUAUCUUGAAUUAUCAGUUUUUGAUGGCUUUUUCUUUCACUAUAAGGCCACAGAUAUUACGCAUAAAUUUGGCGAUAAUGAACUCACUGAUGUCAAUUUUUGUGCGGAAAAGACUGAAUUUACUCUUCAGAUUAACGGUGAAGAUGUUUUCCACAUAAAUGGUAAUUGGUCAUUUUUCCCCCAGCUUAAUGUCUGGAAAUUCAUUGAUAAAAAUUUUACGGGCUGUUUGACAAGGUUGCAAGUUGGUAUCUCUUUUCCUCUAAAAGAUCCAUCAUCAUCACGUCUUUUGUACAAAGGUGGAAUACGAUUUGAAGGUUGUCCGCAUAAUCAUAUAUUUUUUAAUCAAAUACCGAAAGAGGAAGAAAAAUCAUCGCUGCCUAACAUUCAUAUCAAUGCUAUCAUUGAACAUCGUGCUUCUCCAUUGGCUUUAGCACCAAUAAUUGCUGUUGUUACGGGUUGUUCUCUUUUUUUGCUCAUCCUUCUUGUUGGUAUAUGUUGGAUUCGAAAUCGGCCUGAUGGUGUGUAUAAGACGAACGAAGAUAUUUUAGCAUAUUGCAGUCCGAAUCGUUCUGGAGAGCCGCUUGUUGCAAUUAAUUGCAUUGAUAGGGAAUACUAUUGUUGA